GUGCAUCUUGGGAUACCACGUAUCCCCGCGCGCGGGCAUUGGGACGGAGCUGCUUUACGAGGCCGACUCCCAGGCUGCCCCUCUCAGGGGCGACCAGUUUCAGGGCGAUGACGAUGUUGCCGUGCCUGCAGCACCACCGGAAGACGAGUGCGGCGUCGGGGACAUGGCAUCGAGCUCGGAGGACAGUGCAGAUGAGGAGCAUCCAGAUCGAGGGCUCGACGAGGCUGCUGAGGCCGAGGUCCUAGGAAACUGGAACGGCAGGGUCGACUUGGCAAAGCUGGGUGAAGGUGGAACAACCUUCAAGUGUGGGCGCACCGUUACGGGUGCAUAUGACGGCUUGGACUCUAUUGCAGGCCUGAGCUCUUUUGCAAGUCACAGUGAAGCGAGUCUACUCGUCAAUGCAGGGGUCGAGCAAAAGUUCUUCGGUUUGCUGACUUGUGUCUGGACCAAGGUCGGGUUGGCUGAAGCCGAUAUCACGAAGCUCAAGGCGCAAGGGAUCACGACCCUCGCCAAAGUGGCAUUCUGCUGCUCAUACACACCAGGUUCGGGGGAUGACGCCGAACUCAUUCGUGCCUUGAAGGACGCGCUUGCGGUCGAGCCCGACCUUGGCCAGAAGUCAGCAUUCAGACGACUUUAUCACGAGGCAUUCUCGGUUACAACUGCCGAGAUGAAGGCACUCGUUGAACAGACUGAUGAGACUGCGCCACGGCGCCUUAGUGUGCCCGAAAGGGCAGAGCGACAUACUAAGAUUGCGAAGCGGCUGCCAGGCCUAGACAUCCGCAACCGGCUUGAACCUUCAGAUUCGCUGGUAGACGCAUGCGUCUCGCUUUACGAGCAGAACCGGCUCAACUUCAUUGAAUGGGAUCGAUUGACAAGCAAGGAACAGGAGGCUACCAGCUCUUCGAAGAGGGAGACAGUGCUUUCAGUUGACGCUUCAGGCAGGCUGAAGACAGAGAAGGGUGAAGCUGCAAAGGCAGAAACAACGACAGAGUUGCUGUUGCAGUUUGCCCUUACGCGAAGGGGCAUAGCCCUAGAGAUGGGGAAUUUGCUCGACUUCAAUCUUCAUGCAAAGUGGGUUGAUCGUUUGCUGUGUGCCCGCCUCGACCAGGUUCCACAGACGCAUGUUCAGACUAGUUUCGGCCAACUCCAGCUUGCGGACAGAAAGCUCUUUCAGCUCUUAGCUGAGAAGACUCGAUCCGGUGUUCAGGCCACUCCGAGUGGCCGCCCAUUGGACGAUGUGUUCGAGGGCACAUGGAUGGCCCCUGAAGUACUGCACAUCUUGCAGCCGAUGCCCAGGCCUGCUGGGAAUGCUUCGCAAAGCAAGGAUACCAGGCCAGGUCCGUACACGCCUCCGGGCGUCCCUUCGGAUAAUUGGGUGCCCUCGCGGAAGGGUAAAGGCAAAGGCAAAGGAAAGACCAGAGCCUCUUCAAGGCUUCCUGCUGGCCUCGAGGGCUGUCGAUCGCAUACGAAUGCCGGUGAGCCAAUCUGCUAUGGCUUCAAUUUGAAGACUUGCCAGGAGGGCCCCAUCGAGUACCUUCAGUACGGUCACCGUCCUUUACGAGGGGGAGAGUUGUGGGUUGAGGGGCAUGGCAAUGAGACUCUGACUCUGGAUGGCAAGUCAGAUAAUCUUGCCCGAGAACCUCAGGAGCCUGCGAAGGUCCAGCCUCUUGAGAAGCCUAUGUUCAUUGAAAUUUGCGCGGGCUCGGCCCUGCUUUCAAGUAUUGCUCGCGAAGCUGGUUUCGACAUUUUGCCCAUCGAUGCAGGUCGCAAGGUGCCCCGGGCAUAUGCGCAUGUGUUACGCCUCGACUUGAGAGAAGCGCUCACGCUUCAAUUCCUGCAUAACGUGCUUCGGAAUAGGACUGUUGCCUGGCUGCAUUUCUCCCUUCCGACUGGGACGAUUGGCCGAGUUUUUCGUAGCUCUGCUGCACCUCUGGGCCUACCAAACUUGCAGGAGCCGCUUGCCUCUCAGGUGGUUGCAGCCAAUAAGAUUCUUGACCAAGUUGCAGCUCUGCUCCAGUCAGUCGCGAUAUCGUUUCCUACAGUCGGUGUCUCUGUAGAGCACCCGUUGGGGUCCGUCGUGUGGGAGCUGCCGGCCUUCGCUCGCCUGCGCGGCUCUCUGUCGCACGUCUCCGUAACUGCCUGCUUCUUCGGUGCACCUUACAACCGCAAGACCCUUCUUGUGAGCAAUCGAAAUAUCUUUCAGUCUAUGGGCGGCCGCUGCCCUGGAUGCGCACACCACUGCAAGCCACCAGGCUCUGGGUUUCGUGUGGAUGGCAGCUACCCCAAAGCCUUCUGUGAAGCCUUUGUGGGCCAUGUUUCGGCUGACUGUCCUGGCCGAGGUCUGUUCUUGGCGCCCCAGGCAGUGUCGACAUUGCAUGCCUCGCGCGCUGCAGCUCAGGCCCAGCCCCGUGCCACUAAGUUCCCGCCUUUGAUUUCCGAAUUUGCCUACACGGUGACGGUGCGUGCAGCGCAAGCCCCGCCCUUGAACCCUAAGUCGUGUCUUACGGCCGCCUGGCUUUCUGUGCCGUUGGGUGCCAGGCUUCUGCGGUCCAGUGUGCCAGGGGGUGUGAAUAGCCCGCAUCAGCCUGUUCCCGGCCUUGCGGAUGCUUCGCUCGCUUCCUUUACAUUCGGAGUGUAUCGUGAGCCUAGCACUUUCUUGAGAGAAGCGAAGCUCCUCAGGCAUCCCUUUGACACAUGUCGUGGGCUCCCAGAUGGCAUGCUUAAAGUGUUGCACUUUGUCUUGGUGCAGGGCCCAGUCGGAGUCAUGAGGCACCGGCUCAACGUCUUGAAGCUUUGGCAAAAGUGGGCAACUGAGCUUGCCGGCGAGGAGGAGAAACUUCGUGCAAGCCUCCAUCCUGACGUGAGAGCUGUCCUUGGUAACAAGCGUGUCCUUUUGAUGAAGAAGAUUGCUUCGUCCCUUCAGUGGCCCGACACCACUUUGUGGGAUGAUCUUACUAGCGGUUUUAAACUCACUGGAUCCCAGCCUAGGCCGAUCCCGCAGGCAAACGUUGGCUGCAUGGCCCGCUCACUCGAGAAGAAGUGGAUGCGAUUUUCCCUGGCGGCUGGAUGCCGUGCCGCAGGUUUGCAGUGUGGCAGGGGAAGUGGCGACCAAUUGAUGACCUAA